CCAAUUCAGUGCAAAGCUGCUGUAGCCUGGGAAGCCAAGAAACCACUCAGUAUUGAAACAAUUGAAGUUGGUGCACCCAAGGCUGGUGAAGUGCGCAUAAAAAUUCUCGCAACCGGAGUCUGCCACACUGAUGCAUACACCUUGAGUGGCAUUGACCCMGAGGGGCUUUUCCCAUGCAUUCUGGGACACGAGGGGGGUGGUAUUGUUGAGAGUGUUGGAGAAGGAGUAACCCGUGUCAAACCUGGUGACCAUGUUAUCCCAACAUACAUACCCCAAUGUAAUGACUGCAAGUUCUGCAGAAGCCCAAAGACCAAUCUUUGUGGUAAAAUCAGGAGUACCCAGGGAAAAGGAGUCAUGCCAGAUGGUACUUCAAGGUUCACAUGUCAAGGAAAGACCUUGUAUCAUUUCAUGGGUACCAGUACCUUCAGUGAAUACACUGUAGUUGCAGAGAUCUCUUGUGCUAAGGUAAAUGAGAAAGCUCCACUAGAUAAAGUAUGCCUGCUUGGUUGUGGUAUUUCUACUGGUUAUGGCGCAGUACUUAACACUGCUAAGGCAGAGCCGGGUUCUACAGCUGCUGUKUGGGGACUGGGUGCAGUUGGUCUAGCUACUAUUAUGGGGUGUAAAGUGGCUGGAUGUAGUCGAAUCAUUGGCAUUGACAUCAAUCCUGCAAAGUUUGAUUUAGCUAAAAAGUUUGGUGCUACUGAGUGUCUUAAUCCAAAGGAUCAUGAUAAACCAACACAACAGCGCCAAGCACUUGAGGCAUGUCACAAAGGCUGGGGAACGUCUGUCAUCAUCGGAGUCGCAGGGGCAGGACAAGAAAUUUCUACUCGUCCAUUCCAGCUUGUAACUGGUCGUGUAUGGAAGGGAACAGCUUUUGGAGGAUACAAGAGUGGCGAUGGUGUACCAAAGCUUGUAGARGACUACUUGUCUGGAACAUUGAAGGUAGACGAGUUCAUAACACAUAAUCUACCGCUGGAUAAGAUCAACGAAGGGUUCUCUCUCAUGCAUAGUGGAGAAAGCAUCCGUUCAAUCAUCCACUUUUAAAGGCUUGUGCUGUUUUAGAUAAAUUGAUAGAAUUGUAACAAUAAAAACUGAAUUGAUUUGAAAAAGACAGAAAACUCAUUAUCCAUGAUUAAACAGAAGAUGAUUUGAAAAAUUGA